UGCAAAUUUAUUUUAAAUUAUACUAGUAUAACACAAAACAGACGUUAGUAAUUAACAUACAAUAUGUAAUAAACUAAGAAAUAUUCAUCUUAAAACUAAAAAUAUAGAAAACAAACACUUAUACCUAAAAUAUUUUGCACAAAUUAAAAAACUUAAGUUAGAAGGUGAUUGAAAAAAAAAGACAAACUCAAACAUUAAAUAAAAAAUAAAGUAAAAGAUCGUUACAGAAAACAUAAAGAAAAGAAAGGCAACAAGUAAAAUAAAGAAAAAGAAAGAAGAGAAGCAACAACACAAAGCAACGAAAAACAAAAGAAAAGAAAAAGAAAAAAAGAUAACUUGAAAGAAGAAGGUACGGCGGAAAACAAAAGAAAGGAGAGAAGAAAAAAGAGAAACUCAGAAAGCUCAGGAGGAACCGAGGAAGGUACGGCGGAAAAGAAAGAAAAGCAAGAAAAAUCACUAAGCUUAUUAAUAUCCCGAGAGUUGGACUAAAUUACAAAAAAAAGGUUGUAUCAUGUCCUAGGUACAGCCGGUUGUACGAUAGUAUUUGUCCUGGUUCGUCUAUCCUCAUGACCAGUCAAGUGAAGAAGCAGACAUGAUGGUUGUUCCCCUCCUGCCCAAUGCCAGUUGCGCCUCCGGCCUCCACGACUCCACCCUUUGUCGACUGCCCUCCGUCCUCUGUGGCUCCACCCUCCACCCUUCACCCUCGACCGCUGCUUGCUCGACUACUCGUUCUGCUCGCUGAAUUGCAGGGUGACUGCCUACUUGUUGAUUUUCGAUUUGAAGCUUCGGAUCGGAGAUGCUCUUAGAUCUAUCAUUGAAGAGUUAUGCUAGAGGUACAAAAAGUCUUACAAAAUGGGGUUUUGUGAUGGACCGCAUGUCGUUCAUGAAGAGGGCCCAACUCAAAGCGGCCGAGGAGCUGAAGGCCCAACAACCUGGGGCUACUGCUGCGGCCAAGCCGCCGGUGCAGCCGAAGAAGAAGAGGCAGGCCGAAGAGGGCCAGAAGAAGUUGACGGAGGUGGGAAUGAAGCCUCCCAAGAAGUCAAAGAGGGCUUCUUCUGUCGGCGAUGCUGGGACGUCGGCUGUUCCUUCUGGGGACGGAGAGGGUUCUAAUCCUGAUGCUAUGGUGGACCACCCUUCAGGCCCGUCGUCCACCACUCUUUCCACUAUUCCUGCUCCCUCAACGGCCGCCCGGAAGAAAGGGUCCGGCCGAGAGCUGGUCAGAGGGACCUAUAAGCUCGAGGUAGAGUACCCCGUUAAAGGGGGGCUGUUCAAUGAAAUCGUUGACGGCCACGAGGUGAUUUCUCAGGCCAUCCCUGAUGAAGACCGGGCUUAUCUGAAGAAGCUCGGCCACGUGAAGAUGUACGAUGGUGGGAUGGACCACGUCGUCCAAGGUGCCUUCAUGUUGAUGGAGAACAACAGGAGGCAACAAAAGGAGAUUGCCCGUCUGAGGCAAUUUGAGCAGAAGGUUGCCUCGGCCGAUGAGGCGCUAGGCAGCUUAGAGAGGCUGCGUCUUGAGGUUGAGGGCCUUAAAAAGAGGGCCGACGAGGCCGACCAGUUGGCCGCUGAGAAGGAGGGGGCUCUCCAGCGAUUGGCCGACGUGGAGCGUGCCCGCGACGAGGCCCUUCAGCGCGCCGAGGAGGCCGAGAAGGGCAAGGCUAGUGCAGAGUUGGCUCUCGUCGCUGCCGAGGAGAAAGCCGCUGAUGCCGCUGUGCAGAAGUUUAUUGAAGUCGGUUGGAAGGACGAGGGCCGGCUUCCAUUCUGUUUUGAGGUCGUGGCGGCCAGACUCGUUGACUGGGUGAACCAAUCCCCCGACGGCCAGGCCUAUUGGGAGAAGGAGAUGAAGGU